UUAGGGUACUACCGGGAGCAGGCCUGCCAGCCAGUGCGCCUGCACCGGAAUGGUUAGAAAAGGGAGUGAUUAGAGGGGGCGGGGCUUGUGCCUAGGUUGCGUUUGGGCAAAUUCUAUACUGCUAGGGGGCCGGCUGCAGACAGAGGUCGCCUGGUGUCAGGAGCAUCUUACAGCCAAGUGAGAAGGGAGACGGCACAGGGUGAGGCCAAGUUCUCCUCGGGUGGUCAGGGAGCUUCACUGGUCGGGAUCGGCGUGCUCGCUAUGGGGGAGGUGGAGAUCUCCGCCCGAGCCUACGGGAAGAUGUGUCUGCACGCCUCUCGGUACCCACACGCUGCUGUCAACGGGUUGUUGCUGGCUCCCGCGACGCGGUCCGGAGAAUGUCUCUGCCUCACCGACUGUGUGCCCCUCUUCCACAGCCAUCUGGCCUUGUCCGUCAUGCUGGAGGUCGCGCUCAACCAGGUGGAUGUGUGGGCUACGCAGGCCGGUCUGGUGGUAGCUGGGUACUACCAUGCCAAUGCGGUUUUGGAUGAUCAGAGCCCUGGGACUCUGGCCUUGAAAAUCGCUGGACGAAUUGCAGAAUUCUUCCCCAACGCAGUGCUUAUUAUGCUGGAUAAUAAGAAACUGGUAACUUGGCCUCGUGUACCUCCAGUCAUUGUCCUGGAGAACCAGGGUCUUCAGUGGGUGCCUAAGGACAAGAACUUAGUGAUGUGGAGAGAUUGGGAGGAGUCACGGCAGAUGGUGGGAGCACUGCUGGAGGGCCGGGCCCACCAGCAUCUUGUGGACUUUGACUGCCACCUUGAUGACAUUCGGCAGGACUGGACCAACCAGCGGCUCAACACUCAAAUCACUCAAUGGAGUGGUUCCACCGAUGGACAUGCCUAAGCCAGAGGGGUCCAAAUACAAUAAAGACGUGGGCUGGUGGGCAA